CAGUAGUAGUACUAGCAGAGCAAUGGCGAGGAUGUUGAUAGAGGCCAUACAGCGGUCCGACGUGGGUCUGGCCAAGAAAAUACUACAGGGUAAGAACUACACGUGUAUUGACUGUCAGACGGCACGGCGUCACGGCACGAGCUUGUUCUGGGCGUCGUGUCGAGGAUUGCUGGAAAUAGCACAGUUGCUCAUAGCCAACAACGCCAACGUUAACAUCGCGACGGCCUGGGGUUCGACUCCGCUUCACGCCGCGGCGGAUUCCAACAACUGUGAAAUCAUAAAAUUACUUUUAAAAAGUGGCGCCAACGUUAAUGUGCAGACGGAAGCCGGCGACACGCCCUGCCACCUGGCGGCGUACAGGGGACAUGCGCAGGCCGUGCAGCUGCUGGUGGAAGGUGGCGCUGAUAUCGGAAUCACCAACAAUCGAUACCACCUGCCAGUCCACGAGGCGGAACAGCAGUCGCACCUGGUGGUUGCCGACUACCUACAGGCAGUCUCUCUGUUGGGACGAGAGGAAAGCAACUACUCGAACAAGAAAUGUCCCCGCACGUGCAGAAUCAACCUAGCAGGCCGGAAGUGCUUAAAUUGUGACAUUCGUGACGGAGUGGACAUCAAGUUGGACAACAAUGGCGGCUCUCGCAUGGAAGUUCCUGACAGACCGUGUGACGGUGAUGACACGCUUAUUGUAGGACCUGACAGAAUGUGUUUGACGGGUACGUCGUCAAAGGCUCGGCUUACCGGCAGUUCGGACUGGUCGUCUAGUUAUUCUCUCUCCAGUGAUUACUUUCAAUCCAAUGAUCUCUCCCUGGUGUCGGACAGUCUGACCAAUUCAAGUCAGUGGACGUUUACUAACAUUCCUGUAUGAAGAAGACCUUUGGUGUGAGCAAUCAAAACUGUUUAUAAUUCAUUACAGGGGCACGGCCAGUCUUAUCAGGGAACUUGGUGUGAUAAGUGCAUACUAGAUCGAAAAGUAAUGACAAAUUUGAUACUGGUUACAUUGGUGUGAGAAGCCUACUCUAGAACUACACUAGUAAUUACAACUUUGAUCUUGGUUUUAUUGGUGUGAGAUUCGUACACUAGAACGAAAAGUAAUUACAACUUUGAUACUGGCUACACUGGUGUGAAAAGCGUACACUGGAACAAAAAGUAAUUACAAUGUUAAUAUUGUCAAUGUGUAACGGUCAUUUUGACCCACAUGAUAAUGAAGGAGUUUAAACUUUGUGUUCACAACUAUCAACAUUUUCACAUUUGUAUAAACUGUACUCCGGCGGGGGGAGGAUGGGCGUUUAAAAAGACCAAAUAAUUCAUAAAAUAUUCUUACAAAAUGUACAUUUUGACGUACACUUUUAGGUGUGGGGAUAGAAAAAAAGGAUUAUGCUUUUGAGCAUACAAAGGAAAGAAAAAGUUGAUAAUAAUUGUGAAUGGCUCGUAAUAAAAAUAGUAUUCUUUAGUAUUAAUUGAUCGAUUCAAUAACUCCAUUGAAAACAUAUGCUCGUAUUGUCAACAUACUAUGUGGUGUCGUGUUUGAUAGUCUAGUUGUUCGUUUUGAAACGGAAAUACUGGUGUCUCAAUGUUUUCGGUGUUUGAGUAAUGUUAUAAAGACGUAUAAAGUGAAUGGAUGGAUGGAUGGGUUGGUAAAUGGACGGAUGGAUGGAUUGGUAAAUUGGUGAGUGGAUGUUCGAACCACUCACUCGAUAAUGGAUGGUGUAUGAUCGUACGAACAUAUAUGUACGUUGAUAAAUGAAUAGAUGAAUCGACAUAUCGAUGGAUGGAUGUUAAAUAGAUGCACGGGAAAAUAUUUCCAUUUGAUGUUCUGGUUAAUUUCGGUAUCGUAACGAUCAUUUUGUCGUUGUCAUUAUACAUCGUGUUAUUGUAACACCAACACUAAAGACAGCAAGUACUGUUAACGUUGAUGGGGAAAACACUGGAGAUACAAAAAGAGCCAAGACGGUAUAAAGGAAAGUCAGUUAGACGAAAUAUAUAAUUAUAAAUAAUAGCUCGUGAUUUUUAAUGUUAUACUGUAGUGAAAACGCGCCUAGAGGGGUCAGUUACGCCCACCGCCAAGGGAAAAUACCAAGAGGUUUCCUUUUUAGCUCAAAAAGUGCCACUUUUGUCCAGAUUUGAAGAUCAUGUAAUACUUGGUACAGUUCUUCUAUGUUUGACUUUAUGAAAAUAGCUGAAUGACAUAACAUCCACACACAUUAAUUUGAAUAACAGUCAUAUUGGUCUUGCGCAGACCUAUAAGAAGUCCAAAAUUAUUAGUGACGACUGUUUUGACUCCACCAUGCGUGGGAAGGGAAGAAUGCUUCCACCCAUAUUUUUAUUUUAAUAGUUGCGUUGUGCUGCAUUCUGGUGGGGGUGGGAAGUAUUUUGAAGCUUAAAUUUAUAAGUUUCAAUGAGGAUGUUUUGCGAUAUUUUAUUUCAAGCAGGCUUAACGACAACAAGCAGUGGAUUUGGUUGUUUUGGGUUGGAUUGUUGGUUUUUUUAUAGGGUUUUUUCGUUUGUUUGUUGUUUUUUGUUGGUUUUGUUGUUGUUUUUUGUGGGGAUGGGGUGUUUUUUUUGGGGGGUGUCUGUUUUUUACUUUUUAUUAUGUUUUCUUUUCUUUUUUUCAAGAUAAAAAUCGGGCUUCCUGUAGCCUUGUGUUGUGAUAUUCCUACGACUUUUUUGACUAUACCAGUUGGCUCUAAUAACGUCGUUGAACAAAACAGAUUUCUUUAAUUGCUUUAACUUUCAUCACAAUGUCAUGCUUGACACGUACCAACCGCUGAUGGAAAUGUUGCAGGGGGGAUUGUCGUGAAACAUUCCUUUCUUUUUUCCCGUAAAAACCUACGAUAUGUCUCCGCGUGAGUUAUGACGCGGAAAUCUGGAGAUGGUCAGAUAGCAGCCUAGUUCUGUCACAGUCGGAGCUACGUGUGCAGGUCAGAGCUAUCUCUUAAAUACUGUUAAUUUCCGCAAAUACAUUUAUCAACUUGCUGGAAGCUAUAUCACAUAGUUAUUGCAGUCAUAGACCCACUUACAAAGUAGGCGAAGUAGCAAAACAAAUUAUAGUUGAUAAAAAAAAAAAACAGUUGAGUAAUGUGCUGGUUGAAAAACAAAGAGAAGACAUCACCGUACAUAGAGGGUAGAACCCACCUCCAACCCAUCCCUCCCCCCCCCCCCCAAAAAAUAAUUUAAAAAAAAAAUAAAAAUAAUAAUAAUAAUAAUAAUUCGUAAAAUGCAUACAACAGAAUUCCAGUACUAGAUUCAAGUAGACGGCGAAGUAGCAAAAACUAAAAUAUAUUUGAUACAACACAACUGUAUAAUGUGCUCAAUAAACCCCCUACAAACAAGGGCUGUUCUUAGAGUGUGCCCCUAACUUUCUCCGCCCACAUUUGUAAAAUACGAAAGGUGCUCUUUUGAGUUUAAAUAGCAUGUUCUAGGUUAUCCUAAUUUCUCUUCUUUUAAAAAAACCCCCCAAAACCUACCAUUUUAAGGGAGUGUCUUGAUCAGUUUGGCGCGCUACAUGUUUCAUGAUUCUGGGAAUUUCCAUUUACCUGUACCAUACUGAAUUGCCAGGAUGUAUCACAAAACAAAAUGCUUCAACUAAUGACGAACCUGAUUUUUAAUCGUUUCCAGACAAGAUGUGAGAAAUAGCGAAUCCAUGGGUGGUUUUUGCGGUUUACACCUCCAACACCCCAUUUAGCUGUCAAGUAAAAAAAAAGGCACAAUUACCCCCCACUGGAAACACAUACAUACGCACACACACACACAAACACAGUUCGGUGAAAUAUGUCGAUAUGCAAGCAAGCAUAUAUACACCAUCCCCCCUCCCCAAACCCCCUUCUCAAAAUCCUAGAUCCGCCCAUGUUGAGUUGUGAAGUGCGGACGAAUUUGUCUGUAAUUAUACACUUAGAAAUAUAUGUCAUUUUACUUUAUGUGAACAAAAUUACUAGUUCAACCAAAAACGAAGUCUUAGAAGCAAAUAUCUAGAAGUGAUAACAUUGCCACGUGCUUUCCGUCGUCAACUUAUUGUGGUGUUGAAUGAACAUUAUCCAUUUGUGACACGUGUUUAUAUUUUUGUGUGAUAUUUACACGUGUUCAUAUUUAUUUGUGAUAUUUACAUGUGUUUAUGUUUACAAAGUGUGAUGCUUUGUUCGUUAUUGUGCCUAGUAUGUUCUGAAAUAAAUUCAUAUUUGUC